GGGGCUGCGUUGUCCUGUGUCUCAUACUUGCCGCUACAGUGCCCUCGAAAUCAGAGUUAUCGUAUUAACAGGAGGAAAUACGGAGGCAUCUUGGGUGAGUCCGACGCGGAGGAAGGCCGCGUGAUCCGAUCCCCCCCGCCCGCCGACGUGGUGCGCUCCGGGCGGGGCUCCGCCUUCUGGCCGUGCCCGGGGUUCAAGGUCUGUGAACAACCCCGGGGCUCACCGUCUGCGAACAGUUCCGCCGCGAGGUCGGGAUGCUGCUCCUGCCGCGAGCGCUCCGUCGUGCCCUGCUGGCCCGCCCCUGGAGGGAGCCCGGGAUAUGGUGGAAGCACACGUCCUCCCUGAAGGUAGCCAACGAGCCAGUCUUGGCUUUCACACAGGGCAGCCCCGAGCGAGAUGCGCUGCAAAAGGCCUUGAAGGACCUGAAGGGCCAGACGGAAGCCAUUCCGUGUGUGGUGGGGGACGAAGAGGUGUGGACAUCAGAUGUGCAGUACCAGGUGUCGCCCUUCAACCAUGGACACAAGGUGGCCAAGUUCUGCUAUGCAGACAAGGCCGUACUCAACAAAGCCAUUGAGGCUGCGUUGGCUGCCAGGAAAGAGUGGGACCUGAAGCCUGUUGCAGACCGGGCCCAGAUCUUCUUGAAGGCAGCGGACAUGCUGAGCGGGCCACGCAGGGCAGAGGUCCUUGCCAAGACCAUGGUGGGACAGGGUAAGACGGUGAUCCAGGCGGAGAUCGACGCGGCGGCUGAGCUCAUCGACUUCUUCCGGUUCAAUGCCAAGUUUGCCGUGGACCUGGAGGGCCAGCAGCCCCUCAGCGUGCCGCCCAGCACCAAUAGCGUCGUAUACCGGGGACUGGAGGGCUUCGUGGCGGCCAUCUCCCCCUUUAACUUCACGGCGAUCGGCGGCAACCUGGCUGGGGCGCCAGCCUUGAUGGGCAACGUGGUCCUGUGGAAGCCCAGUGACACCGCCAUGCUGGCCAGCUAUGCUGUCUACCGCAUCCUCCGGGAGGCUGGCCUGCCCCCCAACAUCAUCCAGUUUGUGCCAGCGGACGGGCCCACAUUUGGCGACACUGUCACCAGCUCGGAGCACCUCUGCGGGAUCAACUUCACAGGCAGCGUGCCCACCUUCAAACACCUGUGGAAGCAGGUGGCCCAGAACCUGGACCGGUUCCGCACCUUCCCACGCCUGGCCGGAGAGUGUGGGGGGAAGAACUUCCACUUUGUGCACCGCUCGGCCGACGUGGACAGCGUGGUGAGCGGGACCCUGCGCUCGGCCUUCGAGUACGGCGGCCAGAAGUGCUCAGCCUGCUCCCGCCUCUACGUGCCGCGGUCGCUGUGGCCGCAGAUCAAAGCGCGGCUGCUGGAGGAGCACGGCAGGAUCAGAGUGGGCGACCCAGCAGAGGAUUUUGGGACCUUCUUCUCGGCCGUGAUUGAUGCCAAGGUACGGGCAAGAAGCAGGUGUUCCUGGAGGGUCCGGGCCCGUGUCCUGGGUGGGAGAAGGAGGGGGAGACGUGGGGGCCUUGACUGGGCGUGACCUGGCCCCACUGCU